UAGAUAGUGAAACGCUGGAAAGUUCAGGGAUACAAUUAAUCACAAUUAAACGAUAGAUAUGACAACAUGGAGCAACAUGAGGUCUCGGAUCACUGCAUCGGUGCGAACCACCAAUCGCAUGAAUGCUUUGCUGUCCGAGUCUAUGUUGGGACGCCGCAAGGCUUUAACAAAAAUGGCCACUAUUGAGGGUGAUAACGAAACGGAUGCAGAAAAUGCAAAACCACCGAGAGAUUGGGAGUUUUUCAGAAGAAAUUUUAGCAUGGAAGAAGUUCAUAAAUUGAUAGAAUCCACUAUUGAGGAGCGUUUAACUUGGGAUCGCUUCAGCCGUUCCUAUGAUUCUUGGCGUUCUUUGCAGUUGACAGAGAGUUUGGCAAGUGAAAUUCGAGAUCGAGUUCGUGGAUUCCAUCAUAAAAGACAUCGUAUUGUGUGCAUCCUGUUGUUGAUUGAGAAACAGAAUCAGGGCAUUCACAUGAGCAUGCGUCACUUGAUGGAUGAGAAAAUGGAUAAUUUUACGAGUGUGGUGUACGAGAGGCCAUCGUAUUUCAUUGUUGUAGUGGUUUACCUGGUAUAUAAGGAUUAGAUCUGUUAUUUAAAAAAAAAAAUUCACAUAAAAUAUACGCACAAAAUAAUAUAAGCUUAUUUAUAUCAUGUGUAUAACA